AUGAAUGAUGCAUCAACAAUGGAUUAUGAACUGCUCUCCCCAUCCCUGGUGGAGCAUCCAGCUGGCACCACGGGCAUGGAUGCUGAGCAGAAAACUGUCUUUGCCUUUGUCAUCUUCCUCUUGGUCUUCUUGGUGAUGCUGAUGGUGCGUUGCUUCCGCAUCCUGCUGGAUC